GUAAUCAACGUUGAUAUUUCUGGAAUUACUCUCAUGAAAGAAAAAGUAUUGAAACCAGCAUUGAUCAAUACCCUUAAACGCUUUGGCGAUAUUUUAAACAUUGUUAUUUCCAAGUGCGCUGACUCCGAUUGGUUCACUGGUCGCGGUUUUGCUACACUUAAUGGGGAUAAACUAAAAGAAGCAACGUAUGCAGCUGAGCUCACUCCUCAAGUGGAACUUGUAGGUUUUCCAGGAGUAUUACUAAACAUCGUUUGGUCUCAAAUGAAGCCUAUCUGCACUGACUGUCAUACGGGCGAACACAUCAAAUUUGACUGGCCCAAAAGAGUCAGAGAACCAUGCAUCCACUGCAAGAAUCCUAACCACUUGCAAGCCAGAUGCCCUACGGCACCUUGGAAUUGU